AAGAUCUUUUAAAUGACAAAAAAGAAAUGGAGCAAAGACUGGAAGAGAAGGAAAAAGAAAUUGAUGAAAGGAAACUGGAGGUCAAACAAAUGAUGGAAAAGCUGCAAGAAAAGGACGAGAAAGAGAAAGAUCUUUUAAAUUACAAGACAGAAAUGGAGCAAAGAUGGGAAGAAAAAGAGCAGGAAGUAGAAGCGAUAAAAGAGAACUUAAAAGAACUUGAGAAAAAACUGCGACACACAGAAGAGGCGAGAGAAAAAGAAAACUUAAAUCACAAGAAGCAGAUGGAGCAGAAACUGCAAGAAAAAGAACGAGCGAUAGAAAAGUUAAAGCAGCACAUAAAGGACGUCGAUGAAAUCUUGGAAAGAAAAGAAGAAGAGAGAGGAGAAAUUAUUCUAAAUCAAAAGAAAGAGGCAGAGCAAAGACUGCAAGACAGAGAAAGAGAGAUGGAGGAGAUGAAAUUCCAGCUCUCAAACGAAAUGGAGAGAAAACUAAAAGAAAAGGAGACUGAGAUUGAAAGUAAUAAACAGCAGGCCGACGCCAGGGAGACGAGAUGGAGGGAGGAGCAGAGAAAAAGGGAUGAGAACGGAGAGAAAGAGAUGAACAAAUUGAUCGAAAUCAUCGACAAGAAAACCAAAGAAAUAACGCAAGCGAAACGUCUUCUUGCGCAGAGAGAAACUGAGAUCGAGGAGGCAAAGACGACAAGUGCAAACUACCUGAAAGAAAUUGAACAGCUGAGAGAAAGCUAUGAAAACCAAAGCUCCAGCAUCAUCGAGAUACAGCAACGUCACACAGAGCAGGAGAGGCAAAAAGAUGCUGAGAUUACGGACAAACUACAGGAGAAAGAAGAGGAGCUUGAUUGCCUGAGGCAGAGAGACAAAGAAAACGAGAAAGAGCUCGUCCAACUGAGGCUCACGAUCGAGCAUGCAAAGUCAGAGCUGAAGGAGCUCACCAUCAGGAUGGAAAAGGAGAUGACCAGCAUGAUUCAGGAGUAUGAAAAGGAGCUAGAAAGAAGAAACGAGAGCAUGGAAUCAGUUGUGAAGGAAAAGGACAGCGCUAUGAGUCGUCUGGAGGAAGAAAGUCGGCAAAGCAUUUUGGAUGUCACUGGGAAAUACGAGGAAAGCCAAAAGAGAGUUGAGGAGCUGCAGGAGCAAAAUGAGAAGAUGAGAAAAGAGGCGGACAAUCUGAGGAUAAAGUGUGAGGAGCUAAAGAAGGAGAGCGAAGAAGAGGUUAGAAAACAUCUCAGGGGUUGUGAAGAACAGGUGAAAAGCGUAGAAUCUGAAAUCCAAGGCGUUCUUGAAGAGAGAGAUCAGGAGGUCAGGGCUUUAAAAGAGGCUAAUGAUGUAUUAAAAGUAGAGAUAGAAGGGUUGAAAGAGAGAGAAGGCGAGGCCGAGAGGCAGAUGAAUGAGCUGAGAGAGCAUUUCCAGAAACAGCUGAUGGAGAAACAAAGCGAGGUCAAAAAGAAAGAUGAGGAAACUGAGGAGGAAUUCUUGAAAAGGGAAAGAGAGGCAGAGGAAAGGGAAAAGGAGCUGAGUAGGCACGAGGAAGAGUUGAGCAAAAGAGGGCAUGAACUCGAGGCGAAAGAGGAAACGCUUGUUGAAAAAGAGGGAAAGCUUGACAGUAAGGAACAAGAACUUCAAAAAUGGGAAGCAGGUCUAAAGAUAAAACAGAAAGAGCUAGAAGAAAAGGAUAAAUACGAGAAAGAUGUGAACAUCAGAGCAGAGAAUGUCCAGAAAAUGGAAAGGGAGCUAGAAAGCUUGCUCGGAGCUCUGGAGGGCAAACAGAAAGAGCUAAGUUCUCACGGUCAAGACCUUCAAAAGAAGGUGAAAGGGCUGAAGGAUCAGGGGAAAGAGCUAAAAGAUAGAGAGUAUUACUUAAGAAAUGAAGAACAGGAGCUGCUCAACUGGAAGUCAGAGUUGCAGAUGCGAAACGAGCACGUGAACUCUACGACGCAGGAGUUAGAUGACAUCAGGCGAGGCAUGGCUUUGCUGAAGGAAGAACUGCAGAGCAGGGAGAGAAAUUUAAAGACGUCGAUUGAAAAAAUGAGAAAAUGGCAGCAGAAUCUUGAAGAUAGAGAGGCAGAGUUGCACAGAAGAGAGCAACAUGAGGUUGACGACGGUGAGAGAGCACGCAAGACGGAUUCUUUUGAUCUGACAGCCACAGUGGACGAUUUGUGUUCAAUGUACGAAGACGUCAGCGUGGAAGACGAGCAAGAGAGGAAGGAAAAGGGGAAAGGAAGAGAGUCAGAUAAAGAUGGAAAGGAAAGGGAGGAUCAGAGGAUGAAAGCAGCUUCAUCAGUUACAGAAAGCGGUAACUGUCACCUAGAAACACUCAAAGGGAUGGAGAUGGCUGGAAAGGAACCGGAAAGUGUAAAGGUCACAAGAGAUUUCAAGGUGUUAUCUUCAAGUCCGGGUCACAGAAGCUCAAACAACACUCUUGGGACUGAUUUGAGGGUGGUGGUGUUAGGGGAGAGCUGGUCAUCUCACUCCCCAGCUGGAGUUACCAUCCUGGGCGGAGAGGUGUCCAAACUCAACGGGUCUACAUUCAGGCCUUGGAGAGGUCAGAUAGCUGGACGGCGCCUUGCUGUCGCAGAACCGCUCGGUUUGAAGUGGCGAGAUGGACCAGAUCCAACCGACACGGCGCAAAGGAAAAGCAUUCUCGAUUGUAUCUCCUGGUGUCGCCCAGGACCUCACGUUGUCCUCCUGCUCAUGCCGGCCUUCUUGACCUGCACAAAGAAAUACAGGACAGCAGUGGAGGAACACAUGAGUUUGUUGGGGGAAGAGAUCUGGCAGCGCACACUGGUGCUGUUCACAUGGGGGGAAACUUUUGGGACAAACGCAGAUCAGCACAUUGAGAGGAACGGGGAGCUAAUUGAACUCGUAAAGAGAUGCGGGGGCAGGUAUCACGUGCUAACCAGUAAGAAAAGCAACUCUGUGACUGAGGGAUUAUUUGAGAAGAUGGAGGAUAUAGUGACUCUGAACAGCGAAGAGUAGCUUUAAGUGUAAAAAGAUUGUAUGAAUUUUCAUGUAAGAUAAUGUUUUUCAUCCUGUUAUGUGAACAUUUUUAAAUAAAUUUAACCAGUGGUGGAAGAAGUACUUAUGUCCUUUAUUUAAGCAAAAGUACCAAUACCACAAUGUAGAUAUACAAGUGAAAGUACUGUAUUUUAAAUCCUACUUAAAUGAAAGGACAGAAGUAUUUUAGGUCAGUUGCUCCCAAUCUUAGGAGCCACGAGAUGAUUAAUGGAGUAGGAAAAAUAUAAAACAAAGUCCUUCUACACAAAUUUAUGUUUAACUUUUGUGAAAUACUGAAGAGUU